CGAAAGUAGUGCGACCAUGGUUUUAAUGACGUCAAGCUAAAUCGUUGGCAGAAAUCAAAGGUUGUUCUCAGUUGAUUCUUUGUAGUGGUAGACAGCAGUGCACCACAUUUUUGUUGACAGUUGUGACAACGUGAUAAACGAAAAACAAUUGACCAGGCUCUUCAAGAUGAAGUCGUGGCUCGUAUGUGCAUUCAUGCUCGCGUGCCUGGAAUUAGGAGAAUCUUAUUCAAAAUAUGGACGCACGUGUAAAGACAUCGGUUGUCUCACCAACGAAGUAUGCGUAAUGGAAACUGACCCUUGUUCUUAUUACCAAAGACAAAAUGAAUGUGGAUCUUACCCCACUUGUAAGAAAAUGGACAAUGCUGGCCCUCCGACGUGUAAAAGCUACGUCUGUCCGCCCACGAAAGUAUGCAGAAUGGACGGCGCCACCCCUAAAUGUGUCGACGAUCACAGCAAAGUGGGCCGUGUCGGGUAUGACACCACCGAGCUAAAAAGCGCCGACCAACCCUCUGGAAACAUCUACCCCAACCUUCCCCGUGGUGAAACAACCCCUCGACCCAACAUCGGGUACCAAGGACCUCCCGGUCAAGGUUACCAAGGCGGUCAAAUCGGUUCGGGUUACCCUGGCCAGGCCAAACCGUACCCACAGGGUUACCCCCAACAAACCUACCCCCAACAACCCUACCCGGGUUACAACGGGUAUAACAACCAGCAAGGGGGUUACCGAGGAGGGUAUCCACAACAAAACGGUUACCCUAACUAUAACUACAACGGCCAGUACCCGAAUAAUUACCAAGGGGGUUACAACCCUUAUGGACAGAACAGAUACGGACAGAAUAGUGGAGCUUCUUCCGGCGGUUUCGUCGAUUCGCUUACAAGCGCUUUGAAGAAAUAUGGUACGAACUUGCUCAAAGACGCUAUAACCAAGCAGAUUGCCGGUGGUAAUAAUCGUAAUUAAUUUUCUGUGUUACAGGGCUAUUCUAUAUGAUUGGUGCGUUUUAUUAUCAGAGGAUUUGGGGAUGAUUUUGUAACGUUAACAUAAUUUUAUGUGUUGAUAUUUUUUAAUAAAGUUUGAAAAUCCUUUGAGUGUUUCCUUGGUGAGUAUUUGGUGGUAGUCUGUCACUAACUGCACAGCUGAGAAUAGCCUUUUAACACAACUUCUUGCCAUUUUCUAUGUGUUGUGUUUUUCUAAAGUAAUACAAGUAGGUACGAAAUUAAUUUGUAUGCUAAUAAGCUGCCUUCUAGCCCCUUCUCCUCAUUUUCCUCCGCUUGAUGUAGUAGUUUUUGUAUUUAUUUUGUUUGUCCGAUAAUAAAUUAAAAUACGUCCC